CAGACGAGAGCACGAGGAGAAAAUCCCACACUGAUGCAAACGAGCAUCAAAUCCUCUGACAACGUGACGUCCGAGCAGGCUCGUGGUGAAACGCGUGUGAAUUAGGUGGAAAUGAAUCACUUUGUCUCCUGUCUGAGCUCCUUGUUGGAGAUGUAACCUGUCCGUGGACAGUAUUUGGCAACUUUUCGGGUGUCCAAUGGGACCCUCUUCUCACCUGGUGCGCUCGUGCGUCUCUUCCACCUGGCACUCAUGAACUUCUGGGUCCUGCGCGCGCCGCUGACGCUGCUGAGGCUCGUGCAUCCCUCACGCGGACAAUGAAGACGAGGACCCUCCUGUCGGUCAGCCUGAACUUCUUCGCCCUGUUCUUCGCCAUCACUGCCUUCAUCACCACUUACUGGUGCGUGGGGACGCAGCGGGUGCCCAAGCCCAAAUGCAGCAAGCUGCGGACGCACCAGUGCAUAGACUACGGAGUGAACGAAACGGACCCCAACAAGGUGGUGUACAGCUGGGAGACCGGGGAUGACAGGUUCCUGUUCCGACAGUUUCACACCGGCAUUUGGUUCUCGUGCGAGGAGAACAUCCACGAUGAAAGUGAAAGAUGCCGAAGUUUCAUCGAUUUAGCUCCUGCAUCAGAGAAAGGAAUGCUGUGGCUAUCUGUGGUUUCUGAGAUGUUGUACAUUUUGCUGCUGAUGGUGGGCUUCAGCCUCAUGUGCAUGGAGCUGGUCCACUCCAGCAACGUAAUUGAUGGGCUCAAGCUCAACGCCUUUGCUGCUGUCUUCACGGUGCUCUCAGGUCUUCUUGGCAUGGUGGCUCAUGUGAUGUACACGCAGGUCUUCCAGGUCACAGUCAGCCAUGGUCCACCUGACUGGAGACCCUACAACUGGGAUUAUGGGUGGUCUUUCUGCUUGGCAUGGGCAUCUUUCACCUGCUGUAUGGGCGCAUCAGUCACCACCCUCAACUCCUACACGAAGACCGUUAUCGAGUUCAGACACAAGCGCAAGACUUUUGAGCAGACCAUCCGGGAGGAGAACGCACGUGAGGCGUACGGAUACUUCCGGGACAACUCCUUGCACUCCAUUUCUAAGUCUGUGGACGUUUACUCCAGUCAGUCUCUAAAAAGUGGCAGGAGGACUCCUAUACCUACCACCUCAUUGGACUUUGUCGACCUCGCAGCAUCUCUUGGGGAGGAACAAUGCUGAUAUGUUAUUUUUUUGUGUUCUACUGUGAGGCUUGUGGGUUUGCUCUUCAACAUUGCCUUAACUGAAGCAGAUCAGGUGGCUUCAUGUCACAGUUGAUUCAAGUUGGGAAAUAAACUGGUGAAAAAAAUGGACAACUCCUGAGAUCCAUGGAUGUACAUGUAUUUUAUUUUUCUUUUUUUGUGAAACUGAAUAUAUUGUAACAUAUAAAGAAAUGUUGAGUUCACCCAUACAGUUGGAUUGGAGUGAGAGUCUUUCUGUUUCUCACAGCC